AUGCCCUCACAGGAAUCAGUGCCUAUCGGCACUUCCAAUGAUGACGCACAAGAUCAACAGCAAGCAUGUGGGUCAUCCUUGGCCUCUGAAGCUGUGAAUGAUGAAAUGAGCAGAUCGCGCCCCGCCAGCCAUCCAUUACAAGCCUCUGAUCAACGCAGUCUUCUCGAUGAUCAAGAGGAGGCAAAUUGCAACACAGAGGUCCUUGAGACUCCCAAGACUCGCUUACUGCGUGGGCUCGGGGUCAAUCAUAUCAGCAUCUCGAGUCACAAGCGGUCUCUCAGAUGUGCAUUCAUGAUCUUCAAGAAAAACGAGAAGGGUAAACCCAUCCGAGACUCCGAAUUGUUUGGCAACCCUUACUUCCACAACGCACGAUGUAGUAUUAACGGUCGUGCGUACGGUGGUGAACAGGGAGUCCCUCGAAUUGAGCUUUCCUUCACAUUCAAGCAGAAGCCUCUCUUACCGAAUACUAGGUCGUCCAAAGGCAGAUAUGUCACGCUGGCUCUCAAGUUCAAAUCUGGCGUGAGGAUAGGUAAUGGCUACCAACUCGCAGAUUUCAGAUAUAUCCCCUUCGAUAAAGUUCACCGUGAAAAGCAGAUAUAUGUCGAAAGCCUUGACACCGAAUACGGUGCAAAGCCAAAUCUCCGGCAAAAACUGGCUGUGUUCUAUGUUGAGACUGACGGGUGCGAGAUGCCUAUCUAUGAGGCCGAGACCUUUGCUUCUCUCCCCGAAGAGAUCGUUAAUGUUAUCUUAAGGCUGAUCAAUACCUAG